AUCUCGCAGCGAAGGCACGGACUUUUCGCACGAAAUUUUGAGCGCUUCCUAGGCCAACGAAAACAAAAAAGGAAAAAGAUAAGAAAAAUGCCCACCAUCAAGUUGCAGUCCUCGGAUGGGGAGAUUUUCGAUACCGACGUGCAGAUUGCGAAAUGCUCGGGAACCAUCAAAACGAUGCUGGAGGAUCUCGGAAUGGAUGAAGGCGAUGACGAGGCCGUCCCGCUGCCGAACGUUAACUCGGCCAUUUUGCGAAAGGUGCUUCAGUGGGCUACCUACCACAAGGACGACCCAAUCCCGGUCGAAGAUGACGACAGCAAGGAGAAGCGCACGGACGACAUCAGUUCGUGGGAUGCCGACUUCCUGAAAGUGGACCAAGGUACGCUGUUCGAGCUGAUUCUGGCAGCGAACUAUUUGGACAUUAAGGGAUUGUUGGACGUGACCUGCAAAACGGUCGCCAAUAUGAUCAAGGGCAAAACGCCGGAAGAGAUCCGCAAGACGUUCAACAUUAAGAACGAUUUUACUCCAUCCGAGGAGGAGCAAGUUCGCAAGGAGAACGAGUGGUGCGAGGAAAAGUAAUUUGGAUACAAGUACGAACUGGAAGUAAUGUACAUUUUGCUUUGUAGGGGGAGUUACUCAUUACGAAUUUGCGUUUCGCUUAACGAAUAUGAUUUAUUUCUUCUCUUUUUAUGAGAAACAACCUUAUUUUUUGCACUAAUCAAUAAAAUCGUCAGUGACCCGUA